UGUCAUGCUUGUCUGGCAUGACUCUUAAAUCUGUCAUGCACGUUACCCAAGGGCUCCAUUUUUCUGUGAUGCAGAAACGCAGUUCGUCAUGCAGAAUAGGCAACACGACCUGGAAGCUCAGAAACUUGCCAUGCUGCGCCAGCACUUGUAAUGCCUCAUCAUGAGACGCCACCCAGCAUCACAAGUUUCCAGACUCAGACAUUUUUGCAUUUGAUACCCAAAUCGGCGUUACCAGUGUCGGCUUGGUACCGCUGCCGAUGAAAAAGAAGACGGAAGAGGAUGUGAAAAUGGAAACCGUUUGAGGCAGGAA